GAAACUUCGACCUGCAGAGAGUUGCAGCUGAGCUUCGGGCCCAGUGGCCGGAGACCGAACUGUCCCGCCGAGACAAGUCCCAUCGCCACAGCAGCUACCUGAAUGAGGCGAUGGAGGAGGCUGAUCAGGAGGAGCACUACGAGGCUUUUCAGGGCGAGGAGCUUCGGGAGGCAGGCAUGACCGAGGAAGGCCUGGCGCUGAUGACGAGUGCAGAGGAGGAAGCCCAAACGGCUCUGGCUGCACUGCACCACCAGCAGCGGACCCUCAAAGAGGCUCGAGCGAAGCAGAACGAGGUUCGCCUGUCCCGGAAAUACUAUCGUUCAGGAUACGCAGGAAGCUCCGGAAAGACCUUCAAGCCAGCCUCUUCCAGUGCCGCCACCUCGGGGAGCCAGCCAAGGCCCAGCAAUGACAGCGACAUGACAUGUUUGAAAUGUGGGGUGAAAGGCCACCGGGCGGCCAAUUGCCCCAAGAAGGAGACGUCCUAUCAAAGUGAGCAUGCGGAAGAGUCCGCCCCCUUCGUGUGCUAUGUGAACGAGCCGGACAUCGCCGAGCAGGCCCUCAGCGCUGGGGUGUGUACAGGGGACUCACAGCAGGCCUACGGCGUGGAUAUGAGCACGGAGGCAGCCAUGCGUGCCGGGAUGGCCGUCCUCGACAGCGGCGCUACCAAGACAAUCGGGAGCGUGACGGCCAUCGAAGCCUUGAUGCAGCGGAACAAGAUGAAGACCGGACAGGAUGGCAUCAUGUCGCUGGACCCCGACAACAAGCCGGUGUUCAGUUUCGGAAAUUCUAGUGUCGAGAAGUGUAUUUCAACUGCACAGGCUGUCCUAGACUUUGAAGCAGAUCUCGUAGUGUUCCGCGGCCUGGACAAUCGGAAGGCGAUUCCCCUGUCUAGAAACCGCAAGCAACGCAGUGAGCAGCCGUACGUCAAGGACCCAAAGUCACGCAUACCGCCUUCUCCCUCGCUACCGCCACGAGCCAGGGCGAUGCCGAGCAUCUCCAAGAUGAACAAGACCGAGCUUGUGGAGGCCAUCCGGAACCGCGGGGGCUCCGCCGACAUGACGACCCGUCGUCUGGAGUUGCAGCAGCAACUGCAGCAGAUGCUCAACGAGGAGGCUGGUGUCGAAGUUGGGGGCACCAGCAGUGCCCGUGCCGAGACCGAUUACCAGCGCUACACGAACGAGAUGAAUCGAGCCAGUGGACGCAAGAAGGACCUGAUCGAAUUCAUGGAGAAGCGUCUCGGACUCCGUGCUCCCGAGAAUGCCACGGUGGCCCAGUUGACCAACCAGGCCAUGGGAAAGAUCUACGACCUGUCCGUGGCCCACGAGACCGAUCCGCUCGGCUUCGGGAAGUACGGGUCCCUCAGCUACAUGGAGGUCCUUCGCGAGCACCCGGAGUACUGCAAGUGGGUUCAGGAGACUUCCCAAGAGGGGGAGGCGAAUCCAAGAUUGCACCGGUUGGCACAGUGGCCGAGCCGAACCACGACCUCAAGGACCACCUCGACAACCGCGACCUCGGCACCUUCAUGGAAGAGCGCCAAAGCGAAAGCCGGAUAUCAGAAGACGGAGAUGAAAAGUGGGAAGACCAACGAGACCACCUCGUCGGUGGCCUCGUCAAGCGCAUCCCCGACGGUGAUGCAGGAGAUGAUGGCAGCGAUUCAGGCGCUGCGCUCCGAAGUGGCCGAGCUGCAGAGCGAGAAGCGAGGCAGUCGACCUCGCCGAGAGAACCACCCGGACUACGAGAUGAGCUCGGACCACAGCUUCGAGAAGGUGAAUGGGAUGAAGUGA